AAUCAACCGUCUGGUUUUACAUCUACACAACUCCUCAUUGUGAUUGUUAUUAUUGGGAUUGUGGUUGCUGUCGUUCUAGCAUCAGGCUUACUGGGGCAGGCAGGAAAAGCGGAUCAAGCGCAAGCAGCGGAAGAGAUUGAAACUAUCGGUAUCGCACUGGAUACCUACGCGAAAGAUAAUGGGGAUUAUCCCUCGACUCAACAAGGAGUGGCAGCGCUCUGGGAGAAGCCCGAACAGCCGCCGAUUCCCGUCAAUUGGCUGGGUCCAUAUUUGAAGGUUCCUAUCACGAAGGAUCCGUGGGGAAAUACUUAUAUCUACAUCCGUCCCGGUGUCCAUGACCGGUACGGUUACGAUCUUGUCUCUUUCGGCAGCGAUGGACGCGAGGGUGGUGCCGGCGACGCAGAAGAUGUCGUUAGUUGGAUUCGUCCUGAUGAGUAA